AUGUAUAAAAUUCAUAUUAGGGACAUGGAGGUUUGGUGUAUUAGACAUGUGGAUCAAAUUAUUAGAUAUACGGGUUCAGACAGUAGUCGCGACGAUAUUGUCGCUGCUGAGGAGACUCGUUGCCCCUCCACAUCGCCGGCUACUGUAAAUGCACAUCCUCCCGCGCAACAGCCUAUGUUUCCGGCUAUAAGUAAUACGGAGCAAAGUAUGGAACAGGCUACGAAUAUGCAGACGGCUGAGCUGCAAUCGCCCUCGAAUACUGGAGCGCCGAAUCUUGGUUCAUCUGACCACGGUGAGGCAGAAGAAGUAAGUGACUGUGAGACUAGGGGAGUAUGA